AUGGAAACAUCUCAAGGCGCGGCAGAGAAGAAGCAGAAGAAAAUUGAAGCCGACGAGAAUCCCUUUGAGCUAGUCCGACGUUUGAGCCAAGCAGCUGAUCAGCGCCGCUUCAGCGAUGUACAGAUUGCGGGCAAUGAUCCGCACGUCAUUGAGCCCUUAAAAGCAGAGGCAAGGGAGUUGCACCGCGAGCUGGAGCGGUCCUCGACCAGAUUCCUUGAAGCUCAGAAGGCCCAAAUGGCCAUGGCCCACAAAGUGGCAGAUGCCAAGGCCCAGCUCUGCAGCGAAGCCGACAGGUGCGUGGACCUCCUCCAGGAGCUCAGCGAGCGGGAGACCGAACAUCGGUCACUUUCCCGGGACCUUCAAGGCCUCAAAGAGGAGAUGCAGCAUGAAAACGUGGCGUCACUCAGCCAUCAAGAGGCUUUGAAGGGCCUGGGUGAUGAGAUCGAGGAGGAGAGACGGCGGUACCGCAGUCUUCAGAUGAACCACAUUGACCUCAAGGCCGAGCUCGACCAAGCGCAGCACUCAUCGGCCAAAGUCGAGACAUCGAGCUGGAAGCGCACCGCCAUGAUGGCCAAGCUCACGCGGUUGCAGGAGAAGGUUCACUGCGAUCGGACGAAGCUGGCCGACUCCAGGCGCAAUUUCGAAGUCGAAGAGGCCUGUGCUGCAAGCCUGCGACAGGAGCUGGAGGAAGCCGAGGAUCUUCUCUCGCACAGAGACCUUGACCUUUCGGGCUGCGAAGAAAGCUUCUCUGCGACAGAGGGCAUCCUGCAUCAAGCAGAAUCUGAGCUCGAUAGCUGCACAAACGAGCUCAAGGCGAUGACUUCCGAAGACCUGGACAGUCUCCGGCUGGAGAUCGAACGGAAGCGGCAGGCGCUGGCACGUGCGGAGCAGGGCAGUGCUGACGCCGUUGCCCAGCGCUCGGCCAUCGGUCAGCAGAUGCCGGAGGUGAGCGCUAUGCUCGAAGACCGGCGCCUGGCCGCAGAGAGGGCUGCGGAUGAAGCCGUAGCUGCUGGUGUGGCUGUGUCGACAGCUAUGCAGAAGCUGAAUUCCCUGAGCGAUGAAGCAACAGCAGCUGCACAGGGCCUAGCAGAUCUGGCGACUCGACAGCCACGCGCCUCCCUUUCUCUCACAGGUGCUGCGGCCACUUCUCUGGCUGCUGAUGCAGACCGGCUUCAGAGUCUCAGUGACGAGCUUGGCGCUGCCAAGGCUUGGGGUGCCUGGCCUUGCCCGUAUCCGUUUACGGAUCAGCUCUGGGGAGUGUUGAGGCGGAAAGCGCAGAAGCAGAGUCUCUGUCCUUGGACCUAG